UACCGAUGAUCUCCGAAUGUUAAUUGACUCAACGAUUCCGCCAUUGUGAAAUUUGAAUGUGCGAGUGAAGAAGAUUACACCUAAGUUUGCCACGUGAAAGAAGCCAUUUCGUCGCCGAUUUCCAUUGCAACACACUCAGUAGACAUCAAGGACUCUUAAUGUAUGCUUUUGAAGUCUUUCCAAUCAAAGCUUUCGGCUAAGUCAAGAAGAGCGUUUUUCUGAACGCGCACCUGCUCGAAACUGGCAAACAAUGGCGACCAGCUACAACGUGAGGUUUUAUCAUCACCGGUGAUAUCCCGAUCUCGUCUCUUCUCAUUAAUCGGAAUAAUUCAAGCGGUUUGUGAUAUUAGUGUUGUGGUCUUCUGCAUAAUCAACAUGUUUAUUGAAACACUAGAGUUCACGAUUCCUGUGGAAUUGUGCAAUAUAUUUUCCUCACUUCAAAAAGGACCGGCGUCUAAUGUUGAAUUUCCGGCUUCCGUGAACUCAUACGGCACAACGCAAGAUGCCAGUGUGCAGGUUGUGUUGCGCUCAAACAAACUAACGUUCAAAGUGGACGGUGUGUCGUCAAAUGCUAGCAUGAUAUCAAAGAGUGAAUGUAAGACAUUAAAACUCUCUGUGUUUGAUGUGGACCGCACAUUAAUGCCUCAAGAAAAUGACAAUGAUAACUACAAUGCUAAUAAUAUGUCCACAGUACAAACAUUGCAGCAAACAGUGUAUUUGUCAAAUCCUGCCAAAAGAUUACAUGAAAGUUCUGUGUCUAUGCCACAACCAGCUUCUAAAAGCAGUAGGACUUCUUUUUCUGAGUCUCCAAGACCCAGAUCACCUGUUCAUGCUAUUCAUCGUCGUCCACAUUCUCAAGCCAGUGCAAGUCCUUCUAACCACUCUCAACAGUCAAAAUCCAAAAAUGACUCUCAAGUGAACGUGAAACAAGAACCUGAAGAUCCAGAUUUAAUAGAAAUAGAACCUGACCCAGAACCUAAUAAUAUUGUGCCAAAGAAAGAGACUCCAUACAUGCAAAUAGAUUAUUCAUCAGAUGUACCUCAUACGCAAACGUCCCAAGCAGCUCUAGAACGACUCUCUCAUCCACAAUCAUCCCAUUCUCAAUCACCCGGUUCUUCAUCAUCGUCCUUCCAUCAAAACGUUCCACAUGUGCCAGAUUACGCCGAACCCAGUACUAGUCAAGCAAGAUAUGGUGACCAAAGUGCAGAUGACUUUUUAGUAUUCCAAGAUGAAAACGAUGACGGCGAUGAUAACGAAGCAGAUUACAGCAAUGACGGUUUUGGAAUGGGCCCACAAGAUGUUGGUGGCUUUUCCCCAGCUGUUCGUCACGAUGCUAGAUUAGCCACAUCUUUGCCAGAAAUAGAUCAAAUCUUGUCCAGCUUUAGUGUUCCUGCAGGGUCUGGUGGCACUGUGGAGGAAUGCUUUCCUUCCAGACGCAGGUACCAGUGUGACGAGUGCGGGAAAACAUUCACAAACUCUUGCAAUAAAAAGGAGCAUGUUGAAGCUGUGCACUUGAACAUGACCUGUACCUGCGUGUGCGGGAAGGUUUACAAAUAUCCCAAGAACUUCCGGGCUCAUCGUAAACAUUGCAGCAUUGUGAAACAGUUAGGCUAGUUAAAAUUAGCAAGGCUGGAAGCCUCGAGUUGAUAUGCACACACUGAAUAUGAUCUUGUACUGAGAACAUAUACUGGAGUUGCUUGGAUGUGUGGUUCGUAGCUCAUUGUACAUUUCCUUGUUUCUAGGAAAUGGUGUGUUUAUAUGAAUCCGGCUACUGUUCCUCUAGACGAUCAUAGAGCAAAGAUGAUCCUAUCUUUGGUUCAUUAACACAGGUUUCUUUAACAUAUACUCAUUGUUGUAUGUAAGAUACAUCGAACAUUUGCCCGAGUUGAUCGAUGACUGCAAGUUCUGCAUUUGCAUGUACCUGAUACCUGGAACAUUUGCCCACGGUAUCUGAUCAGUGGCCAGACGCCACAUACAUGUUUAUGUUCUUUGUAAACACUGCAUUUAUUUGAUGUUCUGUCAGAUUGAACCCACAACAUGCUCUAACUCAAUGAAGAGAACAUUUACCUCAGCUAACAAGUGAUUUGAAGCCAAAUAUUCCUUUUGAACAGAUGCCGGCUGAUUUCCCUCAUUUGAUUUGACCUCUGGCUUGUAGCCAAGGCUUGUUUGAUUUUAAAACAUUCUAAUUGUUUCAAAAGAUGAAAAGGAAACUUAGUCAAACUAAUCAGUUUUGACUAGCCAAGUAUUUAUUUAUGUGCUUAUGGAAAUACUUCAUUUUUAUAAAUUAAAUGCUGAUGCAGUUUAUCUUAGCUUGUUUAGCCAAGAGUUUAUUUAUGUUUUUAUGACACACUGCUAGGCUAGGAAAUGUUAAGUUAUACUAAGGCAUUCAUUUGAAUUCAAUCAACAUUUGCCUUAGUAUAACUUAAAAUUUCCUUGCCUAGUUUAUGAAGCCUAUUAAAAAUCCAAGAUUAAGUUUUCUGUAGAUGUUUUGAUCUGUGACUGGUAAUCAAGACUUUGUGUGUUUUUUUGAAAACCCUGCAUUCUUUUGAAAAACACAAAAAAAACAUGUACCUAAGUUGGAUUGAUCAGUGGUUGGUAUCCUGGCCUUUGUUUACCGUAUUUCCUCUAUUAGACACCGGGCCUCUAAUAGACCCCGGCCUCUAAUAGAAGCCGAGUCAAUUGUUCAGUGCAAAAAAUAGAAGCCUGGCCUCUAAUAGAUGCCGGGUCGAUCAAUUGAUACAACGGGACAUUCGUGGUCAUAGUGAAAUGGGGGUAUUAAUAGAAGCAGGGCCUCUCAUUGACGCCGGAUCAAAGGCUUGUCCGAAAUAAAUAGAAGCCUGGGCGUCUAAUAGAGGAAAUACGGUAUAUGUUUUUUUAACCACUACUGUUGUGAAUCAGAUAUCAGUUUUCUUUAUCAGAGUCACCAUGCUGACAAGAAGCCCAUAAUGUUCCAAGAUGGACUGUUUCCAACAGAGAUAUGUACUGUUGUAAAUAUUGUUGCUUGUAUCAAGAUUGCUUAUUACCUAUGUGCUGUGUCUUCUGUGAAGUUAACUGGGAGAUCACUGACAGUUGUGUCUUGCGGACAUUAUGAUAUCAGAGAGUGCACAUUAUGGGAUCUACGUCCGUGUUGUGGAUGAAUGUCUUUUCUGUGAAAAUAUUUACCUUCAUGCCACAUUCUCUAGUACAGUGCCUUUCAAACAGCCGGUGUGGCCGAUGUCUCCUGAUUCGUUGAUGAACACUGAUGAACAGCUGAGACAGUGAUCUGUUCCUUUUAAAGGCUGUGCUAUGAACUAUGGGACAGCUUCCCAUCUUCCCAUGCUAAUGAACACUGUGUCACCACCUCCUGUAAGCUGUGCCAUGAACUGUAUGAUAGACAGCUUCCCAUCUUCCCUUGCUAAUGAACACUGUCACCACCUCCUGUAAGCUGUGCCAUGAACUGUACCAUAGUCAGCUACCCAUCUUCCCUUGCUAAUGAACACUGUGUCACCACCUCCUGUAAGCUGUGCCAUGAACUGUAUGAUAGACAGCUACCCAUCUUCCCUUGCUAAUGAACACUGUGUCACCACCUCCUGUAAGCUGUGCCAUGAACUGUAAGAUAGUCAGCUACCCAUCUUCCCUUGCUAAUGAACACUGUGUCACCACCUCCUGUAAGCUGUGCCAUGAACUGUACGAUAGACAGCUACCCAUCUUCCCUUGCUAAUGAACACUGUCACCACCUCCUGGAAGCUGUGCCAUGAACUGUACGAUAUACAGCUUCCAAUCUUCCCUUGCUAAUGAACACUGUGUCACCACCUCCUGUAAGCUGUGCCAUGAACUGUACGAUAGACAGCUACCCAUCUUCCCUUGCUAAUGAACACUGUGUCACCACCUCCUGUAAGCUGUGCCAUGAACUGUAUGAUAGACAGCUACAGAUCUUCCCUUGCUAAUGAACACUGUGUCACCACCUCCUGUAAGCUGUGCCAUGAACUGUACGAUAUACAGCUUCCAAUCUUCCCUUGCUAAUGAACACUGUCACCACCUCCUGUAAGCUGUGCCAUGAACUGUACGAUAGACAGCUUCCCAUCUUCCCUCGCUAAUGAACACUGUAUCACCACCUCCUGUAAGCUGUGCCAUGAACUGUAUGAUAGACAGCUACAGAUCUUCCCUUGCUAAUGAACACUGUGUCACCACCUCCUGUAAGCUGUGCCAUGAACUGUACCAUAGACAGCUACCCAUCUUCCCUUGCUAAUGAACACUGUCACCACCUCCUGUAAGCUGUGACAUGAACUGUACGAUAGACAGCUACCCAUCUUCCCUUGCUAAUGAACACUGUGUCACCACCUCCUGUAAGCUGUGCCAUGAACUGUACGAUGGACAGCUACAGAUCUUCCCUUGCUUGCGACAGCUGUCCUUUCCUAUUAUUGACUGUGACAUGAAUUGAGAAGGAGUCCGCUACCAAUCUUCCCUUGCUGUCAGAUGAACACUGUCGGAGCCUUCUGUCAUCUGUGCCGUGAGAUUAUGGAAUAGCUUCCGCUGGUCAUUACAGUGCCGGGGAUCUGAUUACCAAACUUUCUUCAAUGUCUGAUAGCACUCAGCUCUUCCCAGUCAUCUUUGAUGGGAACGUUCCACCCCACAGGCGACGUUUAUGGCAGUGUGAGCAAUGUGGCAAGUCUUUCACCACACAGGAAACAAAGCGACAUCACAUUGAGGCUGUCCACAUGAAUGUCACCUACCCUUGUGUGUGUGGAAAGGUCUACAGAUAUCCGAGGAACAUUAGAAGGCACAAGAAGGAUUGUCAUGUUUUCAAGCUGAUGGGGGACAGUCAAAACCAAAAUGGAUAAGGCUUGGUAAUGAUGAACCAAGGUGAGACUGGCUAUACCCCCAGGAGUCAUGCUACUGGCUCCAGUAUGUAUGUGAACUCGUUGAUCAGGGGCGAUAUUCCACUGCUUCCCUUGGGAAGAGCAGGAGGACCUUCUGGACUACCUUUAGGAGGUCCUGGAGGAGGUCCUGGUACUUCCUUAAAGAAGUAUCAGUGUGAAGACUGUGGCAAGACCUUCACCAAUCCCUGGAACAAGAAGAUUCACAAAGAAGCCAUGCAUCAAAAUGUCACAUACACUUGUGUUUGUGGGAAGGUCUUCCGAUAUCCUCACAACUUGACUACGCACAAGAAAGGUUGUCUUGUGUAUAUCCAGAUGUGUGCUACCUCAGGAAGCUUUUAAGGCCUUUCAGCAGAGCUCUGACUUCUCAAUGUUUCCAAAGUGGACAGCUAUUUGUUUUUCUUAUUGUUAACUUUGUACUCAAAUUUGAUACAAGUGAUUAUGAUUUCAAAUGGUUCGUAUGUGUUUCUAAUGUUGACAUUGCAUCUAAAUAGAUGCCUUUUAUGUUCUAUUACAUCUGUCUGGUGAAAUAAGUACAUGACUGAAUGAAGAAUCACAGCAAAAGUGCCACUGUUGUGCGUUAAUUGUUCAAGGCUUUGGAAUGUUUAGCAAUGAUAGAACAUGCUUUCGGUGAAGGCCUCUGGAGAACCCAUGUUAAUUUUAGCUACAUUCUAAAGUAAAUAUUCAUAAGGGUCUCCUUGCAUAAAGUGAUGUACAGUUUUAUUUCCAUGUUGAAGUCUGAGAUCGCUGUUUCACUAUGGGACGGUCGGGUAGCCUAGUGGUUAAAGCGUUCGCUCGUCACGCCGAAGACCCGGGUUCAAAACUGAUAUGGGUACAAUGUGUGAAGCCCGUUUCUGGUGUCCCCUGCCGUGAUAUUGCUGGAUUAUUGCUUAAAGAGACAUAAAACCAUAUUCACUCACUCACACAUAGCACUAAUAUCUGUGUAAGUGAAAUCUAGGUAGAUGCUUCCAAGUGUAGCUGUAAUGGCGUUUUAGUGCUUUGACAAUUGUUAGUUAAAGUUCAAGUAUGUGAGACAAGUAAUGCCAAGAUGGCUUUUGGGAGGAGGAUGCAAUCCACUGGCAACUGACAAGUCAUUGCAGUUGUGAGGUGAGGUGAAAUGGGGUUUAACGUCGUGUCUAAGAUUAUUGCACUCAUAUAGUGACAUGCAUGUACGUGUGUGUGGCUGCUUGUACUAGUCCGGACUGGUGCCGAUUUAUA